AUGGGCGAAGCAUGGCAAGGGGCAGGAAUGCAGUUGAAGCUCCAGAAAGUGCUCCGAGUGCAGAGAGGCACUAGAGAACAAUGGAGCGUAGAGUGGAGUGCCUUAAGGUGUAGAUGGCCCAAAGUAUCCAAAGAUAUGGCUGGUGUUCUUCACGAUAGGCAUGCCUUAAGGCUUGCAAGACAGGCUAAUUCAACGACAUUGGAGACAACUGUGGAGGGAGAGGGAGGAAGGCAAGGGCCAUGGCACCCUGAAAAUUGCUAUGCAUGGAUGAUCUUAUGUUGA